AAACUCGAUGGCCAGCUAAAGUGACUCUUUAAUUCCGACUACGUAAAAUAUUUAUUCAAGAACUUUUAAAGCAGAAUGCAGUCAGAAGUCUUAAAGAUCACGUUGUUAGGAGAUCAUAAUGUCGGUAAAACAUGCUUCCUGUAUAGUCUAGUUCUCAAUGAUUUCCCAGCCAAAUAUACUCCAAAUGCGUUUCCUGGUGAUGUAAAUGCGACGACCUACACACUCAAGAAGCAAAUGUUCACUCUCUGUUUUAACGACCCAUUAGAAGGAGACGACUGCCUUAAACUCAAGCCUGUCAGCUUUCCUGGAACUGAUUUAUUUGCAGUGUUUUACGAUAUUUCAAGAAGAGAAUCUUUGCAAAAAAUUUCGGGACUUUACGAGAGAGUGUGUGAGCAAACACCUCAAGUUCCUGUUAUACUUGUUGGCAACAAGAUUGAUUUGAGACAGACAGAUGACCAAGAAAGUUCAAACGAAGCAAUGGUCACUCUUCAAGAAGCAUGCGACGUUGCUGAGACUAUGAACACUAUAUGUCUAGAGUGCAGCGCGCUUUCAGGAGAAGGCAUACACGAAGCCGCGUGUGUUAUGGUACAUAUGGCAGCAUAUGGUCAAAUACCCAAGAGACGCCUGUUCAGAAAGGAGUCGAAGAGACAAACGAUCGACGUACCUUUGGAUAGUCUUAUCUUGGAUGCUAGAGAGUUUUAUGGGAUGGACAAUGCUCCUUCAUGUCCUGGUGUGAAUGUACUGCCAUCCAAAUCAGUUGAAGAUCUUGCAAAGAUGAUUCACGACACGACAUGUAAAGACGUUCGCUUCAUAUUCGAGGAUAAUUCAUAUGUUGAUGCGCAUCAGAUCAUUCUGAUCAGCGCUGCUCCUACGCUAUUCCAGGAAAUCCUUACUGGUACUGCUAAGUCGCAGGUAUCUGGUCUUCCACAGGAGAUGUUCGAAAAAAUUUCUUGGCCAGUUCAUGGCGGUUUCCAAAACGACAGGAAGUGGCGUAUUGUAGAAAUUCGAGUAUGCAAAAAAGUUAAAAGAAAAGAGUUUUUAAGGCUUCUUGAGUUUCUCUAUGAAGGUGCUUCUAUUGCGUAUCUCAAAAGCGACGACUCCAUUCACGAACUGAUGGCUAUUGCCGAAAAGUUUCAACUCCAAGAUCUUCUCACGGCUUGCGAGAAUGUGCUUGAGGGCAACGAACUUGAAAAUAUUCAAAAGAAAACUUUUGUUGGAGGAGGAAAGGCCACAAUUCUAAAAGAUCUGUUCCUCAAGAAACCUCUCUUAGAAGACUUGGUGUUUCAGGUGCAGGGGAAUCCCGUGUAUGCACAUCAAGCGGUGAUUGUAGCUAGAUGUCACGUGCUUGCUGCUAUGGUUACCGAUUAUCGAACACGAAACGUUGAAUGUAUAAGAGUAAAGAUCGAGAUCGCCGACAUCAUCAUCGAAACAUUUGAUUGCCUGUUGGAGUAUUUGUACACAGAUGACUUACCAAAAGACGUUUCCCAAGAUAUUCUUCUCGAUAUUCUUUCUCUAGCAAACAGAUACGAACUGCCAAGGCUGGUUACAUUGUGCGAAUAUCGAUUAAUACUCAAAGUACAGGAAAUUUCCGACAGUCGUAUCGCUGUGAGCUCAGUCGUCCAUAUUCUUUGCCAGGCAAAGAUUCACGAGGCCCAUCAGCUUUCCAAAUGGUGUUUAAAUCUGAUCGCGAGAAAUUAUUUAAAAUUUCGUACUUCAAAGGAGAUGUUGCGACUAAGUGAGCAGGACAGAGAGUACGUGGCGAGCCGCCAAUGGCCGCAGAAGUGCUGCCUAUCUUCACGACACGAAACAUUAGUUCAAAACUAUUUGGAUAAACGAAAAAGACUGUUCCAAUCAAAUGCUACCACCAGAUGUGCCGUCAUGUAAAUUGGAAACACAUUUUAUAUCAACUAAGCAGGAUACUAUAGUUAAUUACUAAUUACAUUGAUAAAAGAAAAAUACAUUUUCAAUCAAACUAACACUAGUCGUGUGAACUGAAAAACAUUUUUAAUUCUACACCACAAGGCGUAGUUAACUGCGUGCCGGGAAAGCGGAUGUAAAAAUAAUUAGGCCUCCGCACUGAUUUUUUUACGAUGAAAUAGAAUGAACAAAGAUAGGAAUCAAUUCAUCCACUCAAGAAAUAUGAACAAAAAUAGCGAAUAGAAAAUCUUUGAAGUGAAUAGACACAAACGUAUGUUAUAUUUUGUAUAAACAAAGUAUGUCCUAUAGAAAGUAUUAAAUGUUUUACGAAGGAAAAAAGUUUUCAGAAAAAAAUGUAUUAUUCAUGAAAAGCAAUAUCAUACGCAAAAUUAGUAAAUGAUGUUAUAAUAAUUAUUUUUUAUUUAUUUCAUUUUUAUUUUUGUUUUUAUGUUCUAGAAAGUUCUAUUUAAAAAAUCAAAGCUCUUAGGAUGUUAAAUUAUUUUUGCUGUGGAGAUCGGCAGUUAAAACUUACCUUUCGGAUAUUAUUGUGUAACUUCGUUGACAAUCAUCGAGGUUGAAAAGUUAGUGAAACUCCAAAGAUUGAAGUUGAAGUUGAAAGUUCUUUUGAGUAAAAAAAAAAAAAAGAAAAAGAAAAACCUUGAAAACAAGCGAGGAAAAUGCCUAUAUCUUCCAAAGAAAUUUUUCUUAGAGAAAAAUUUGCUUUAUUCAUGAAAAGCACAUAUCGUACGUCUGAAAAUUUUUUAAAUGUUAUGUUAUACAGUAGAAAAGGAAGGAUGGAGGUUUUCAAAAAGGGUUGUAAAUUUAUAGUGAAAGUUUGGGAACAUCUACGAGCUAGAUAAUUAUACUACUAUAAUAAAGUAAUAGUAUUCAAACAAUACUUUUCAUAACAGUACAAA